AUGGGAGACAGCAGCUGGGUGUGUUUGAGCCCAGCUGAGUUCAGUCAGCUGCAGCAGUACAGUGAAUAUUCCACCAAGAAACUGAAGGACGUCCUGGAGGAGUUUCAUGGUGACGGCGUCCUCUCUAAAUACAACCCGGAACAGAAGCAGGAUGUUCUCAGCCAACCCAUCGACUACGAUGGCUUCCAGCUCUUCAUGGCCACCUACCUGGAGAACGACCUCCCUGAAGAGCUGUGUCAGCAUCUCUUCACGUCCUUCAAGAGCAAGACGGAGGCCUGCUGUCCAGAGCAGUCUCAGGCGGGGACAAGUUCACUGGAUCCCCGCUCCAUCGACGCAGGCAUCUCCAUUCAAACCGAAGUGGCGUGCGCCCCCAUCACAGGGGUGAACGGGAAGAGCAUCCGGUCCUCGAUGGGCCGGCACACCCCGGAGCUGUGUGGAGCCUCCACCUCGCCCUGCUCCUCCUCCCGCUCCUCCUCCCAGCGCUCCGGCACGGAGGCCCCCGCCGCGGGGGGGCUCCACUGCUCGCCCUGCGCCCAGGUCAAACCUGCCUCCGCCCCCGACCCCGCCCCCUGCCGGACACAGACGUCCCCAAACCUCCACCCAGAGCGGACUCACACUGAAAAGUCUCGGCGGUCGUCUUCUCCUCACAACGGCUCCACGUCUCCGUCUCAGGUAGUUUUCCUCAAAGACAUCGUCUGCUACCUGUCUCUGCUAGAGCGGGGCACGCCUGAGGACAAGCUGGAGUUCAUGUUCCGGCUCUACGACACCGAUGGUAAUGGAGUACUGGACAGCUCAGAGCUGGACCGGAUCAUCAAUCAGAUGAUGCACGUUGCCGAGUACCUGGAGUGGGACUCCACAGAGCUACAGCCAAUACUGAAGGAGAUGAUGGAGGAGAUCGACCUGGACCGAGACGGGACGGUGACUCUGGAGGAGUGGAUCAGAGGAGGCCUCACCACCGUCCCCCUGCUGGUGCUCCUGGGCAUGGACACGAACAUGCAGGAGGACGGGCAGCACGUGUGGCGUCUGAAGCACUUCAACAAGCCAGCCUACUGCAACUACUGCCACACCAUGCUGCUGGGCGUCCGCAAGCAGGGGCUGUGCUGCUCCUUAUGCAAGUACACGGUUCAUGAACGCUGCGCGUCCAAAGACAUCGCCGCCUGCAUCAGCACCUACGCCAAGUCCCGCAGGCACACCAACGCUAUGCAGCACAUUUGGAUCGAGGGAAACUCGCCCACCAAGUGUGACCGCUGCCACCGCAGCAUCAAGUGUUACCAGGGCCUGACGGGCCUGAAGUGUGUGUGGUGCCACAUCACUCUCCAUAACAAGUGUGCGUCCAACGUGAAGGCGGAGUGUGACGGAGGCGCCCUGAGGGACCACACCCUGCUGCCCUCCUACAUCUGCCCCGUCGUCCUGGAGCGCCACUCGGUGGUGAAGCGGGGGGAGGGCGAGUCUCCGCCCAGCACGAGUCCCGACGACCCCAGUCAGACCUUCAAGUUCUCCCCUGGAGACGGCCAGGCGCUGCAGGUUUCUCCUCUUCCUGGGACUCAUCCACUCCUCGUACUGGUGAACCCAAAGAGCGGAGGAAGGCAGGGGGAGAGGGUGCUGAGGAAGUUCAGGUACCUGCUGAACCCUCGACAGGUCUACAGUCUGGACCGAGGAGGACCGAUGGCCGGACUGAACUUCUUCCACGAUGUUCCGGACUUCCGGGUUCUGGCCUGCGGAGGCGACGGCACCGUGGGCUGGAUCCUGGACUGCAUCGAUAAGGCCGGCUUUGCCACACACCCGCCGGUGGCCAUCCUGCCCCUGGGCACCGGGAACGACCUCGCUCGCUGCCUCCGCUGGGGAGGAGGCUACGAAGGCGGCAGCCUGCUGAAGUUCCUCCGGGACAUCGAGCACGGAGCCGAGGUGGUUCUGGACCGCUGGAACAUCGACAUCGUCCCCGACGACAAGGAGGACAAAGGAGACCCCGUCCCCUACAGCAUCGUCAACAACUACUUCUCCAUCGGAGUGGACGCCUCCAUCGCACACCGUUUCCACCUGAUGAGGGAGAAACACCCUGAGAAGUUCAACAGCAGGAUGAAGAACAAACUGUGGUACUUCGAGUUCGGGACGACCGAGACCAUCUCAGCCACCUGCAAGAAACUGAACGAGUGUAUCGAAGUGGAGUGUGACGGCAUCAUCUUGGACCUCAGCAACACCUCACUGGAAGGCAUCGCCGUGCUCAACAUUCCCAGCAUGCACGGCGGCUCCAACCUGUGGGGCGAGACCAAGAAGAGGCGGAGCUACAGCCGCAUGAGCAAGAAGGUUCCGGACCGGAUGCCGUCCAGCACCGUCACUGACGCCAAGGAGCUCAAGUUCUGCAUGCAGGACUUCAGUGACCAGCUGCUGGAGGUGGUUGGCCUGGAGGGGGCGAUAGAGAUGGGGCAGAUCUACACGGGGCUGAAAAGCGCCGGCCGCAGACUGGCUCAGUGCAACAACGUCACCAUCAGGACGUCCCGCAGGCUGCCCAUGCAGAUUGACGGCGAGCCGUGGAUGCAGCCACCCUGCACGAUCAGGAUCACACACAAGAACCAGGUGCCCAUGCUGAUGGGUCCUCCUCAGAAGACGCCAUUCUUCUUCUUCAAGAGACGGAACCGGAGCCGAGAUUAGGACAGACACACACACUCUCACACACACACACACACACACACACACACACACACAGCUGCUUCAGAUCCCCUCCUCCUCCCUGACCUCCAUCAUCACCGUGGUAUUCUGUGGUGCUGCACUGCCUGAUGAAGAGGAGGAGGAGGAGGAGGAGGACAGCAGGAGGUCGUCCAUGUGGGGACUGCUGGUUAAAACACCUGGAUGAAUAAUGGAGCAGCGGCUGCGUGCGGGGCGUCCCCGGGCGGAGCCGGGUGGAGGAUGGGCCGGGGUCGAGGAAAAGCCUCAUCUAUUAUUGACUGCCGUUGUUUGUGUGUUGACGAGGAACAACGCCGGGCUGGAGAAGGUGGACACAUCCAGGGACUGUUAGUCGGACUGUGAUCCCAGGGUGAGGGUUCGGGCUGGGGUUGAACCCUCACCCUCACCCUCACCCUCGUCAACCGGAGGUCCUGACAGAUCACAGAGGUCUGUCACUUCAAAAGAUGUUCAGAUUUAACGAACCAUGUUAAAUUUAAUGUUUCAUGUUAAAUAAAACUCAGAACUUCUCUUCAGUCUAAACCUGAGAACUGCCUCAGUCUCCGUCAG